AUUAAAUGUAUCACACUAUCACCGUGUGGGUCGCUGUGUUCUGUUUCCACUGUGGCCAGCAGGUGGCGGUGUCGGUACCAGGCUUCAUGUCUGCCGUCCACCAUUAAAGCGUAGAACAAAAAAAGGACCAUAUGUUCCGUUUGUACGGUUGGCGCCUGAAAAGCGCCAAAUUGAAAGAUACCAAACACUACUGAUCCAGCUGACUGAUGAAAACCAGCAUCACUCAGAAAUACUCUGAUAUACGAACCUUUAACGUUGAUCGAUGUUCUGACUCGUCACAGCGGCACCGCAGGGAAAGACGGUUUUUGUCAUGGAGGAGCUCUUCAACAAAGUGUUGCAGGUUAAUGUCAGAUGCAGGGACUGCGAGGAAAGAAAAGCAAAUAUUCGUGUCACAAUUGAACUUCAGCUGACAACAAGUCCAGUGCACAAAAGAGAUCUUCUAGUACGGAUAACAGAUGAUAUAGAUCCAUAUUUUCUCUUCAACCUUGCAAUAUCAGAAGAGGAUUUCCAAAGCUUGAAAGUCCAACAGGGUCUACUGAUCGAUUUUGCAUCAUUUCCUCAGAAGUUUAUUGACCUGCUUAACCUGUGCAUUUCCGAACAAACGUCAGACAGUCCAAGAUUUCUUCUUCAUUUGUCAUGUCAGUCUCCAGUGCUAGAAGGUCCCGCCAACUUCAGUGUCAUAGAGACAAACGCAUUUAAGCACCUUAACCACUUGUCUUUACGACUUUCUCAAGCUUCUGACAAAGAGGUUAAAGAUUACCUGGCAGUUUGUCUCUCCUCUCUGAAGGCAGAGAAGCAUGCCCUAGAAAUGAAGCUUAAGACGACUGAAGAUGAUCUGACCAGGCAGCUGAAUUAUGCUCAACAGACGCUGUCUGAGAAGACCAAAGAGUUGGACAAACUGCGCUCAGAGUGGACGACUCAGACCAGCUCGCUGUCCAGCCUUCAUUCUCAGGAGCUGCAGCUGGAGAGAGACAAGGCUCUGGAGUUACAGAGCAGGUUUCAGCAGCAGACAGAGCAGCUUCGUCAGGAGCUGGAGACUGCUCAUAAAAAGAGCAGCCAUCAGCUUAAUAGUCGACUGACAGAGUUGGAGGCCUCGUGCAGAGAACUGACUGAGAAGAAAUACAAGAACGAGUCUGCCAUCCGAGACCUGAAGAUUAAACUAGUUGGUGCAGACGAGGAAUGCCAGCAUUUAAAGCAGCAGGUCCUGUCUCUCAGGAGGGAAAACAGCACCCUGGACGCAGAGGUCCAUGAAAAGGACCGUUUGGUGAGCCAGAUGCAGAUGAGAGUGGCUGUUCUGGAACAGGAGGUCAAAGAUAAGGAUCAGCUGAUGAACCGCACCAAAGAAGUAUUGGAAGCCACUCAGCAGCAGAAGGAAUCAGUGGAAGAAAAUGCAGAAAGUAAGGAACUUCAGAUUCGAAAACUUGAAGCUACGGUGAAAUCACUUUCUGAGGAGCUGAUAAAGGCUAACGGUAUCAUUAAGAAGCUGCAAGGAGAAGUUCGAACCUUAGUAGGAAAAAUAAAAGUCAAAAACACUGUGACAGUGUCGCAGGAAAAGAUUCUCCAGGAAACUUCAGAGAAACUUCAGAGUGUUGAAAAGGAUCUACAAAGCGCUCAGCAGCAGCUCAACACUAAGGAAGAACAGAUUUUAAAAUUAAAUGAGCAGUUGGAGGCCACGGUACAGAAGCUAAAUGAAACCAAAGAAGUGCUGAAAACUAAUGAGAAUGUUAUAAAUUGGCUUAACAAGCAGCUAAAUGAAAAGCAGCUGUCCAGAAAAGCACGGGGUCUGGAAUCACUGGAGAAUCCUGCAGUCUCAACCACAACAGCAGGACUUGGGUUUUAUCCUCAGACAGCCAAACCUGUUGUAUCUCCCAUGGCGGCUGCUGGGAUCAAUCUUACUGAUGAGCAUCUCGGGAAGUCAUCAAACAGACAGAUUGGAGACUCUGCUGGUCUGGAUUCGAAGUACUUUGAGAAGAGAGAUGAUUGCAUCUCGAUCUAUGGUCUUUCAUCUAAUCCACGUCAAAGAGGUAAAAGUGCUCAUCUUUUAAAGAUCAGCAUCUACCACAUAUUAAUUUCAGUGCGUCAAGUUUUUCAUUUCAUGGCUUAGUAGUGUAACUCUUUUUUUUGGGAUGCAGCAGUAAAUCUGUGGGGCAACAACGCUAAUUUAGGUGCCUUUAAAAAAAAAAAUACGAAGAAAAAAUUGUUUUUUUGAUUGAGAUGCUGAAUGUGUGUGAUAAUAAGUAACAGUAAUUUGAUUCUGUUUGCUUGCUUUGUGUUCAGAGUUUCCUCAGAGUACAAAGCCAUCUAUAGCUUCAGCUUACUUCUCUGCAUAAAACAGAAGUUUCAGGAUCUGCAGAAAGAUUACAAUGGAAAUGGACUUAAAACCAUCAAGUCACGUCUUCGGCUCUUGCACAAAACUGCUACUGUUGCAUUAAAUAAAUUUGUUUUAAUGAGUGAUUCUUAUGGUUAAUUCUAGUGAUCACUGAGAAUGUAUUAUUGUAUGUGAAAUAAAAUUGUUCUGUUUUUCUUAUGUUUUUGCCCCAAACUGUGUUUUACUGUAUACAGUGUACUCUUGAAUAAACAACUUUUCCAGUCUCA